AACGGUUAAGGUUACGACUCGCACAACAAAAAUGAUGAUCGGAGAAAAUAAUAACCGGCCACAUCCAACGAUCCAUAUCCCUCAAUGGGAUCUAAUCAACGAUCCAACGGCUACAAUCUCUUCACCAUACUCUUCCGUCAACAUUAACGGCGUUAACGACUACCCACACUCUCCGUCACCGUACCUCGAAUCCUUCGCUUCUCUCUUCCGUUACCUCCCGUCAAACGAGUUAACAAACGAUUCCGACUCAUCAAGCGGAGACGAGUCAUCACCACUCACCGACUCGUUCUCCUCCGACGAGUUUCGCAUGUACGAGUUCAAAAUCCGACGAUGCGCUCGAGGCCGAUCUCAUGAUUGGACGGAGUGUCCGUUUGCACAUCCCGGAGAAAAAGCUCGACGACGUGAUCCAAGGAAGUUUCAUUACUCCGGCACCGCUUGUCCUGAGUUUCGUAAAGGAAGUUGUAGAAGAGGUGAUUCAUGUGAGUUCGCUCAUGGAGUUUUCGAGUGUUGGCUUCAUCCUUCUCGUUAUCGUACUCAGCCGUGUAAAGACGGAACUAGUUGCCGGAGAAGGAUCUGUUUCUUCGCUCAUACGACGGAGCAGUUGCGUGUUUUACCUUGUUCGUUAGAUCCAGAUCUUGGAUUCUUCUCAUCGACUUCUCCGACUUCGAUUCUUGUUUCUCCUUCGUUUUCACCACCGUCGGAAUCUCCGCCGCUUUCUCCGAGUACCGGUGAACUUAUUGCGUCGAUGAGGAAAAUGCAAUUGAGCGGAGGUGGUUCCUGGAGUUCUUCUCCGGUGAGAUCUGGAGUUAGGUUACCUUUUUCGUCGUCUUUGCGUCCGAUUAAGGAGCCGACGUGGCCGAGAAUAAGAGAGUUUGAGAUCGAAGAAGCUCCGGCGAUGGAGUUUGUUGAAUCUGGGAAGGAACUGAGAGCGGAGAUGUAUGCAAGACUCAGUAGAGAGAACUCACUCGGUUGAGUCGACUCGGUCGAGUCUUUGAUGACGUGGCGACUCGAUCUGGUUUUAUUUUUUGUGAAUAUUUUGGAGAUUUUUCAGGUGUGUAGAUAAAUCACGUGGCGACUC